AUGUUUCAUUAACUUUUAUUACCACCAAAUAGAAAUACUAAGAAAGAUUCUAAGCCUGAUCAAAAUACGAAAAAUAUUUAAAAGAAUCAAUUACCCUAACUUUCAAAAUAUAUAGAGAAUGAAUUAAUGAAAAGAAGUGUUCAAAAAGAAUAAGAGAGACGAAUUUCAUUAUAGUAAUAAUCAAAUCAAAUCGAUGAAGAUUUUAAAAAUAGCCUAUUGCUAUAAAGAAGAGUUAAUAAAAAAGAAAUCGAUCUAUCUGUAGGAUAAAGAAAUUCUAUAAUUCUAGAUGUAACAGAAAGAAAACCCCACAAUAAAUUGAAAUAAUUAUAACAUCCUAUUAGUUAAUGUAUCACUAUUGAGAACAAAUUAAAUUAUAAUGGAGAUAAGGAAGAACCCAGUAAUAAGUUAAGAUCAAUAUCAGUCAACCAAAGAAAUCCACAAUACUCACAUUCUUACUUAAUGGAAUAAGAAACUCCUAAUGAAUUUUAAAAGAAUAUGUUUUAAUGUAAUUAGAUCUUAGAUUUUAAAAUAUAUAUUGAUUCAUAACAUUCUCAUAAUUAAAUGGAAAAAAAAUAAGGUAAAUAAAUUCCUAAUUAUAUAAAUUUCUUUGAAAAUAAAGUUGAGUAACCUUAUAAAUAUGGAAAAAAAGACUUUUAGAAAUAUAAAAAAACUAAAAAUAUUCUUAAAUUGUGGGGCUUUAUAUUCAUUUUUAUAUUUAGAUUGAUUAAAUAAUUGAGAAUAAAACAAUUAAAAACUAUUUAAAAUUUAAGAGAAUUAAGAGUUAGGUUAGAAUCCUCCAAUCAAUAACAAAUUGUUGACAUUAAAAUGAAAUGGCAUGAUAAAUUAAUGGAAAAAGUGUUAUUAACAAUCAAAUAGAAUAAGUUCUCUUCAAAUUUUAAAGAAAACUAAAACCCAAAUGAUAAAAAAUUUAUCCAAAAUCGAAAAUAAUGGAUGAUAAAUUUGACUUUAUUGUUUUUUUAGAAUUUGGAUUUAAUGACGAAAGCAGCAAAUCUCAACCAAGAAAUUUUGCUUUAAGCCUAAAAUCACAUUUUGUAAAUAAACAAAAAAUGUAGUUUAUAUGUGGCAAAGAGAAUUAAGACCAAACUAAAUUCAAAAGAAAAGUUACUAAUAAUUUGUGAUUACUUAUUCCUUUCUUUUAUAAUUGAUGAAAUUAUUAAAAACUCAAAUCAAUUACAAUGCAUAAAUGAACAUCACCUUGCUGAAUCUAAAUUUUAAUUAGUAUCUAUUUGUAGUUUGAUCUAAAUUCUUUAUAUGAAUUACUUUAAGGAAUUAUAAGUAUUUUAACCGAAAGUAUUAAAAAUCAUUUAGAAAAGAUUAAAUAUUAAUAAAACAAAAAAUCAAGAACUAAAAAUUAUUGAGGAUGAAAAUAUUGACUAAAAUGAGAUUAUUAUAUUAGGCUUGAAUAAUUUAGAUUUCUAUGAAAACCUAAUAAAAGAAAAUUAAAAAUGGUAUGAUGAAAUCUAAACCUUUUUUCGAAAUAGCAUCAAUAAUUUAGCAUCCUAAAAUAAUAUUUGA